GAAAACGGUGACAAGAACACGCACGUAACUGUCAGUAGGAACUGUAAGCUGCUGGUGUGGGAUGUACUUCUGCCGCUCUGUUUGGAUAAAUUUCCCAGAGAAAAACAUUUUUGUUUAAAAGUAUUACGUAAACGAUUGUUUGAAUUUGAUGAAAUGGUUUCAGUAAGUCUGUAUGUCUAACUGAGACAUUCAAGUAGCUAUCCAGGCUAACAGAAACACUAUCGAUGCUAAUGCUAACAGUUGCCUUAGGCUAAAAUAAGCUAACCUAGCUAGCUAUCUCGCCGAUUGCAGGACGUUUGCUCUUCCCGUUCUCGCCCUGUUGAGGCGUUCGUUCCCCGAUUUAGCUUAUUUUGUGUUUUCAUUGCACUAAGAAGGUUCCGGAACCGGAGCUGUGGCGGGGGGAACGUGUUGACAAGAACCCCCUGGCUAUCCAGGCGGACGGAUCACAGUGACACGCCGGUUGUGGAGGAGCGAUUAGAGUGGGACCAUGGCUGAACUCUCCACCCUAUCCCCAUCCCCACCUGCGUUGGGUGAUCCUCAUGCAGUUCCAUCCAUCUCUCCAUCCUCAUCAGUGCUCCCUGUUGCCAACAGCCCGGCUCCAGAGUCUGCUAGGGAGAUGUGUAUGCACAAGUCUUUUCUCUUCACUGAAAAGGCUUUGGCAGGAAACACUUCUGCAUCACUGUCAGGGGAUUCAUCUUUGACUCCCCACCCAUCGAGUUCUUCCAAACUCCAUGCUGAGACCCUCCCCCCAUCAUCAGUUCAUGACGAGACUGCUCCACAGAGAGAGGAAUUGGCAGAGAAAGAUGCAGAAACUGGCGCUCAUGGUAUUAAGCAAGAGACGAAAACCAAUGACCCCUUGGCUGCACAGCUGUUGAACAGCAAAAUAGAGACCCCAGCACUGUCAAGUGAGCCAUCAGCUCAGAGCCAAGUGCAACAGGCAUCCCCCUCUUCUGAUCUAAAUCCUGGUCCUAAUCUGUACCCCAAUGUGCAUGUCGCCCACAAUCCAACUCUUGUCAUGGAUGAUGGUGAAUUUGCAGCGGACCAGCCUCAAAACACAGCAGGUACCAACCCCACACCUGCUUCUCCAUCAUCCACCAAUAUGGCAGCAUCAGCAACAGCUGAAGAGGAAAAACCUCAGCCACUUCAACAAACACAAAACCAUCAGAGAAAUCCUCCUCCUCUGUCUCCAAAGCCUAGUUCUCCCAAUGAAACGGGGACAACAGACCCACCCGGCACCCCCACCAGAGCUGAACAGCACAGCCCUACUGUCCCACUGAUCCAUGAGCCAGCUUAUGCCCUGUCCAAUCCCAACCCCCGUCAAGCCCCUGACACCUUCAGCUACCUAGAGUCAGCCAGCAUGAUGUCUGGGACAUUGGAGUCUCUGUCUGGGUUUGAUGAUGGGAGCUCUGUGGGCUCAGACUCAGAGAUCAAUGGCCUGACUGUCAGACGCAUUGAUAAAUAUGGCUUCCUAGGUGGGAAUCAGUACAGUGAGAGCAGUGAAAAGGAAGUUCGUGUUGAAGUUGCCAGACAGAGGGAGAUGAAAUGGCUUGAUAUGUUCAGAAACUGGGAUAAGUGGAUCAAACAUCGCUUCCAGAAGGUGAAGUUGCGCUGCAGGAAGGGGAUCCCUUCUUCUCUCAGAGGCACAGCCUGGCAGCUGCUGUCCAACAGCAAAGAGCUCCUGGAAGCCAACAAAGGGAAAUUUGAGAGCCCUGCCUCUAUGUCCACACAUGAGCGGGCUCUGCUCUCAGCUGAGUCUGGGCAACAGGAUCUUUACCGGAUUUUGAAGGCCUACACCAUCUACCGGCCUGAUGAGGGCUACUGCCAGGCUCAGGCUCCAGUGGCUGCAGUGCUUCUCAUGCAUAUGCCUGCUGAGCAAGCUUUUUGGUGCCUCGUCCAGAUAUGUGAGAAGUACCUUCCUGGCUAUUACAGUGCUGGGCUGGAAGCGAUCCAGCUAGACGGUGAGAUCUUCUUCUCCCUGUUGCGCCGCACAUGUCCUAUGGCGUACCGUCACCUUAAGAAGUUCAAGAUUGACCCGAUUCUCUACAUGACUGAGUGGUUCAUGUGUGUCUUCUCACGCACCUUACCAUGGGUCUGUGUCCUGCGUGUUUGGGACAUGUUCUUCUCUGAAGGAGUGAAGAUAGUGUUUCGUGUGGGCCUGGUGCUGCUGAAACAGAUGCUUGGCUCUGUGGAUAAACUUCGAGAACUACAGGGCAUGUAUGAAACCAUGGAGCGUCUGAGAAACAUUUCACCUGACACUAUCAAAGAGGACAUACUGGUGCAGGAGAUUGUUGCACUUCCAGUGACAGAGGCACUCAUCGAGAAGGAGUGCAGCAUCCAGGUGAGGAAGUGGAGGGAGUCCAGAGGGGAACUGACACACCAGCCGGGCCGCCGCUUCCACGGAACAAAAGCCAUCUAUGAGUACAAACGCCGCGCUGCCGCCAUCAGCUCUGGUGGCAGCUUCUCUUUCCUGGGCAGCCCGAUCCCUCCACCAGGACCACUAAGGGCUUCUUCAAGCCUCCUCUCACUCCCUGGCUUCCGCAAGUCUAAGGCUCCUUUCCACUCCCAAGUCAAGAAGGGCUCCUUCUCAGGCCCAUCAGGAAUGGAGAGCAUAUGGUCUCAGUCGCCACCUGCAAUAACGAGUCUGGGCCAGGGCUCCAGCCAUAAACCUCCCAUUCCCCCAGGGCCAAGUCAGAGGGCACCGACUCCUCACUUUCAGAGCCCCUUAGCUGGGAAUGCAGCUGGUUCACAGGGGCCUGCUCAGCCCUCAGAAAGCACAUCAGCCCAAAAUCAACCUGCUGCCUCUGCCCCUGCACAAAGCACACCACCACCACCCAGCACUCUGAUUGUCUCUGAGCAAAUUACUCUAGCUCUCCCCUCUCCUACUGCGAACAACGCCCCUCUGGCACCAUGUCCAGAUUCCAAAAAAGAAGAAGCACCGGCAGCUGAUGCCACAACUGGAGAGGAAGAAGGAAUGAAGAAAAAGAAGAGCAAAGAAGACAAGAAAAAAGAAAAGGAAGAUGAGAAGAGAAAACUGAAGGAAAAGAAGGAAAAGGAAAAAGCUGAAAAGGAGCGACUCAGGAAGGAGAAAGAGAGGGUAGAAAAAGAGAGAAAGAAAGGGGGGAAGAAAAAAGACAAAGGGGGAGCGGAGGCCGAGGACAAAAACGGAGCUGCGGCAGCCAGAGAUUCGGCCUAGUUUUCCACCACGUCAUUCCAAUGUGGAGGGAUGCUGUACAAAAACAGAGGUCAGGAACAAAAGACCCCCAGAAAGAGAAGGAGUAAUUAAUAUAAAAAAAUGGGAUGGCUUCCUGUGUAACACAUCAUUUCAAAGACUUAAUAUAGUCCCAGAACUAUGGUGGAGAAAACCGGAUAAUGGUUUUAAUAGCACCUCGGGGGUUAUUGCCCCUCGCUCGAUGCUUUCUUUUUCACUGGGUUUUAUUAAGAUGGGACAAAUUUACUUUUUCAACUGGCGCAUGGGCUGUGAGUCUGAAUAUUUUUUCAGAAGAUCAUAGUCGGUAUCUAAAUUUUUUCUUUUUUUGUCAUUUUUAUUAUUUUAAUUUGAUUGAUGGCAGCAGUUAGAAAAACCACCUUUUGGGAUUGUUGAACUGAAAGUCUGCAGAAAUAGUUUGGUGCCAUAGAAGGUGUAAAUUAGAAGUCUCCCCUUAAAGUACAUUGGAUCCUGUUAUCACUCCAUACGCCCUGUUGCAGGUUAAUCUGGAUGCCUGGGGAAAAAACAAAAACCCAUCAGUUGUCUCAAACGCAGGCACUGAAGACAGAAAUGCUAGUCAUGUUUUGAGGAUGUAUUUAUUGUCAUGUUAAAUGUUGCCUGUGAGUGUGUGUCUUAGUAGUACAGUGAAAUGUGUUACUGUUUUCUGCAUAGUCUCUGUUUUUGUCUCCCACUGCCUGCUUCUUUUUCAAACCACCACCCGUCUUGCCAAAUUCUUACUUUGACACAGAUGAACAGAGGUUUAAAAAAAAAAAAGAAAAGUAUAAACAGGCACCAUGUGGUUGUGGCUAUUUUUAAUAUUUCAAGGAGGUUUGUUGUGUUUAAUUUCCAGCCUCAGAAUUUCUUAUCUGAUGUUGAUUUUUGCAAAAAGCAGCUGCAAAAUAGACUGGUUGUGUGGAAACGCACUACCCAGCAGCAACGGCGCACCAAAUGUCCACCUGCAGCGUUAGUAUUAUUUUGCUUUCAGCAAACACCAUCCUGCAUUUUAUUUAGCCUAUUUUCAGUAUGGGUAAGAACUUAAGUUCAGUAAUCCAUUAGAAUGUGAUUUCAAGCAUCUCAAGAGAAUGAAGAUUGAUUUUUGCACUUGUGAUUUUGUCGCAAAGCACCACUGAAAUUGACCACUCCAUCAGUGUAGUGACGUCAGACACCAGAGUCUCGACAGGCCGGUUUCACAGUUUGAAACCUGUGCCUUGAGGUCCUAUAGGAAGCCUGGAGGUGCCAGGUGUGCCGGUGUAGCAUUAACCUCUGACUUUCGGACUCUGAUGUAUUUAUGUAUAAAGUGGUUAAUUUAAUCAAAGUAUAUUAUUAACUAUAAUAAUAAUUAUUAUUAUUUUGGAUCUAUUUUUCUAUAUGAGUAAGAGACACCUGAUUGACUGGAAAAGUGGCCAACUACACAGUGUGGUUGCAGGGGGAUCAUAGUUUUUUUUUUUGUUUUUUUCUGCUUUGCACGUCAAGUCCUCUGCUUGUACACAACAAACUCAAGGCAUGUCUUUGCUAUUUAAGUUUACUGUCACUGUUGGGUUGGUCAACUUAGGGUCAUGAGUCUCCAGUUUACUGAAGUGCAGUAUUAAACCGACUUGAGUGGAACAAUGGGCCUCCGUCAGAGCAAACAGUGAGACGAAUGACAGAACGUUUGGGUGCUGAAGGUCUUAACUGUACUGUAUGAUCUACUAAGGGGUGAUUUUUGAAGUUUGAAUAGUUCUUUAAUUCGAGAUCAGUAUCUCUGUCUCACCAAGCUGUGUUAUAACAUUUAUAAUGACUGGAAUAACCUAUUUACACUUGGUGUCUGUACUGUAACAUACUAAUGCAUAAACAUUAAACAGCCCCAAACCCCACCAGUAUACAAUGAUUAGUGCCAGGUAGUGUAAAAUGAAUCGACAGCAGAAAACAUUGCUCUUUAACUGUACUGUUUUCAUAGUUAAGGAUCAGAGGGACUUUGAUGUAACUAUAGCCAACGUAUCUUCCUCUGUUUUUCACUUAUUUGUGGUCUUUACAUGGCCGUCACCUAGAUAUAUACAGUAAAUACUACACUCCCUCCCUCCCCUGUUAAGAUGCCAGAGCCUUAUAGGCACAGAUUAGCGUAGUGUUAGUGAGAAUAACCUGAACACAUCUAUGCAAACCUUCCUUUGCCAUGACUGUUGUGUAGUGUGUGGCGACAGCAGCACUGAUAUCACCUCUGACCAUGAUGGUCACAUGGCAGCCGUAGUAGAAAGUAUUUUGUGCUUCAGUAGGCGUUUUUCUGAACACACUUUCAGGCCCGUGGACUACAAUAUUUUAUGAGCAAUAUGUCCUUGCAGGUCACGUCUUGAUGACAGCAUUGCUUUUUGUUCAGAGGGCUCAAGAUGUCCUGUUGAUCAAACAAGUUUCUCGCUAGCUCGUGAUUUCCUCCCGUGGAUACAGCUCUGCAAUACUGAGGACAAAUUUAAGAAAUAAAUUUCUGUCGGGUCCUUUGGGGAUUUCCACAUUCUUGGUUACAUUUGGUUGAGACAGAGAUCACUAGCGCACAUAGCGUUUCAGCUGUUUUUCUUCCCCUUACUGUAAUGUUUUUAAGUUUACAUCUCGCAAAAGUGAAAUAAAAUCAUACCUAAUUCAUUCCUUCAGAUCUACAGCGGAUGUAUUUAAUUAAUAAUAAUAUUUGUGAUGAGUAAUAAACCGUAAUAUAUU